UUAUUCGAGGGAUUUAAGUUCAUUUCACCAUCUUUAAUCGAAUAAAAAGACAGGGACUUUGAGUUGCAGGGAAACGUGGAGGACGGCGAUGAAUACUCCAGAUGAUCAUCAAUUGCUUCUAGAAGAUUCAAUUCUCCAGAAAGAAAACAGGGAACAAUAUGCCGGAGAUGGGUCUGUUGAUCUUCAAGGGAAUCCCGUUUUAAAGAACAAAACUGGAAACUGGAGAACCUGCCCUUUUAUUCUCGGUACUGAAUGCUGUGAACGUCUUGCUUACUAUGGUAUUGCGAAAAAUCUUGUCAACUAUCUGAGUGGAAAAUUGCAUCAAGGAAAUGUCACUGCUGCAAGAAAUGUUAACAACUGGGCAGGCACGUGCUACCUUACCCCUCUUCUGGGAGCUUUCUUGGCUGAUGCAUACUGGGGAAGAUAUUGGACAAUUGCUGUCUUCUCCACAAUUUACUUCAUUGGGAUGUGUACAAUGGUCUUAUCUGCAUCAGUUCCUGCAUUUAAGCCUGUUGACUGUCUGGGUUCGAUUUGCCCUUCCGCAACUCCAGCCCAAAGUGGAGUACUUUUUGUGGGACUUUAUCUUAUUGCACUUGGAACAGGAGGGAUUAAGCCGUGUGUUUCAUCUUUUGGUGCUGAUCAGUUUGAUGAUACAGACCCUAGUGAGAGGGCAAAGAAAGGAUCAUUUUUCAAUUGGUUUUAUUUCUUUAUCAACAUCGGUUCACUUAUAUCAAGUACUCUUGUUGUUUGGAUACAAGAAAAUGUUGGAUGGGACAUUGGGUUUGGAAUUCCUGCAUUGUUUAUGGGAAUUGCUAUUGCAAGUUUCUUCUCUGGAACUCCUUUGUAUAGGUUUCAAAAACCUGGCGGAAGCCCAUUAACAAGAAUGUGCCAGGUUGUAGUUGCAUCUCUCCAGAACCGUAAGUUAGAUGUUCCACAAGAUACUACUCUCCUUUAUGAAACUCCAGAAAAGCUUUCAGCAAUUGGAGGAACUCGAAAGCUGGAGCACUCUGAAGACCUGAAGUUUCUUGAUAAAGCAUCUGUUUUAUCAGAUUCUGAUGACAAAUGGAGAAUUGAAGAAUUGAAGCUCUUGAUCCGCAUGAUCCCUAUAUGGGCAACAGGGAUUGUAUUUUCAGCUGUCUAUGCCCAAAUGGCAACACUAUUUAUAGAACAGGGAAUGGUAAUGGACAGAAGAGUUGGAACUUUCACCAUCCCAGCAGCAUCACUUUCCACUUUCGAUGUCAUAAGCGUUAUCUUUUGGGUGCCAGUCUAUGACAAGUUUCUCAUUCCUAGAGUUAGGAAGAUUACUGGUAACGAAAGAGGGUUUUCAAAUCUCCAAAGGAUGGGUAUCGGACUUUUUAUCUCUAUCCUUGCAAUGGUAUCUGCUGCUUUGGUUGAGAUCAGGCGAUUGCAAAUCGCAGAAGAGCUUGGUUUGAUCAAUGAACAUGUUCCUGUCCCACUUAGUAUCUUCUGGCAAAUUCCACAGUUUUUCUUGGUGGGGGCUGCAGAGGUUUUUACUUUCAUUGGACAGCUCGAAUUUUUCUACGACCAAUCACCUGACGCGAUGAGAAGUUUAUGUAGCGCGUUCUCUCUUUUAACCACUUCAUUGGGGAAUUACUUGAGCUCACUGAUCCUAAUCAUUGUAACAAGCAUUACGACUGCUGGUGGGAAGCCCGGAUGGAUACCUGAUAAUCUAAACAAGGGUCGUCUUUAUAACUUUUUCUGGCUCUUGGCUGGUCUCAGCUUCUUCAACCUGUUAGUAUAUGUUUUCUGUGCCAUCAAGUAUAAGCAGAAGAAUGCUUCAGCUUCUGGCUGAUAGGUAUCGUCAUCAUUGUUGUUUCAUACUCAAUCUCAUAGAUAGAAAAUUGUCUGUAAUAUAAUUAGCUAAAGAUUAGAGUCCUGCUAUUUGUAUCUCUUAAUUGUAAAUCUUUGGUUUGAUUCUUCUUCACAUGUAUAGCUAAUUGAGUGAAGUUUUCCGCCUUUUCGCAAUGGAAUGUAAUUAACUUGUAAGGUACGUUGGUCAUUUUCUGUAUUGUUAUAUUUUUAUUUA